AUAAAAAUGAAGAAUUUAUCGAGAAACCAUGUAUAUGAAAUAUGUAAAACAAAAUUAUUAGUGGAAUAAACACGGCUCUUUCUCAUUGGUGCCACAUCAUGAUGAUGUGUUAAUUACCCAUGUUUUUUUUAAAGGAAAACCAAACAUCUUAAUCUUCUUCCUUAUUGUUCCAAACAAACACUUUAGUUUAGAGAUUAUGGUUUCUCCUUCGUCGUCUUCUUCUUCUUUUGUUGGUCCACUCCUCCUUGCUCCAAACAAUGGUUAUAAGGUUUGGGAAGACCCAUCUUUCAUCAAAUGGAGGAAAAGGGACCCACAUGUUCAUUUACAGUGCCAUGAAUCUGUUCAAGGAUCUCUUAAAUAUUGGUAUCAAAGAAGCAAAGUAGAUUUUCUGGUUUCUGAAUCUGCUGUUUGGAAAGAUGAUGGUGUUAAUGGAGCUCUUGCUAGUGCUGCUUUUUGGGUCAAAGACUUGCCUUUUGUUAAAUCACUGUCUGGAUAUUGGAAAUUUUUCUUGGCUUCUAAUCCUAGUAAUGUCCCUACUAAAUUUCAUGAAAGUGAGUUCCAGGAUUCAGAAUGGAGUACUUUACCUGUUCCUUCGAAUUGGCAACUGCAUGGAUUUGACUGUCCGAUAUAUACAAAUGUAACAUAUCCAUUUCCACUUGAUCCUCCUUUUGUUCCUACGGAAAAUCCUACUGGCUGCUACAGAGUAGACUUCCAUCUUCCUAAAGAUUGGGAAGGUAGAAGAAUUUUGUUGCAUUUUGAAGCAGUUGAUUCAGCCUUUUGUGCAUGGAUAAAUGGGCAUCCUGUAGGAUAUAGUCAAGACAGCAGGCUACCUGCAGAGUUUGAAAUCCCUGAUUUUUGUCAUCCCUGUGGUUCGGACCUGAAGAAUGUUCUGGCCGUUCAAGUGUUUAGAUGGAGUGAUGGAUGCUACCUUGAGGAUCAGGAUCAUUGGCGGUUAUCUGGCAUCCACCGUGAUGUUCUUCUUCUAGCAAAGCCGGAGGUAUUUAUCACUGACUAUUUCUUCAAAUCAAAUCUUGCUGAAGAUUUUUCUUAUGCGGAGAUGCUGGUUGAAGUAAAAAUAGAUAGAUUACAAGAUACAUCAAUUGAUAAUGUUCUUACAAACUACACCAUAGAAGCUACGCUAUUUGAUUCUGGAAGCUGGGAAUCUCCUGAUGGAAAUCCUGAUCUCCUUGCAUCUAAAGUAGCAGACAUAACAUUCCAACCAACAACUGCACCGUUAGGGUUUUAUGGUUAUACGCUCGUGGGAAAACUACAAUCACCAAAGCUUUGGUCAGCAGAACAGCCAUACCUCUAUACAUUAGUUGUUGUCCUCAAAGAUCAAUCUGGCCGUGUUCUUGACUGUGAAUCUUGUCAAGUAGGGUUUAAAAAUGUAUCUAAAGCCCACAAACAACUGCUUGUUAACGGACAUCCCGUUGUAAUUAGAGGUGUGAACAGGCAUGAACAUCAUCCGGAAGUUGGAAAAGCAAACAUAGAAUCCUGCAUGAUCAAGGACUUGGUCUUAAUGAAGCAAAACAAUAUUAAUGCCGUGAGGAACAGCCAUUACCCUCAGCAUCCACGUUGGUAUGAGCUAUGUGAUUUGUUUGGCAUGUACAUGAUAGAUGAAGCCAAUAUUGAGACACAUGGGUUUGAUUAUUCUAAACAUCUCAAGCAUCCUACUUUGGAACCAAUAUGGGCAACUGCAAUGUUGGACCGUGUGAUUGGCAUGGUCGAGAGGGAUAAAAAUCACACAUGCAUUAUUUCUUGGUCUUUAGGCAAUGAAUCUGGAUUCGGAACAAAUCAUUUUGCUAUGGCUGGUUGGAUUCGAGGAAGAGAUUCUUCGCGGGUGAUACAUUAUGAAGGAGGUGGAUCAAGAACUCCAUGCACUGAUAUUGUGUGUCCUAUGUAUAUGCGUGUUUGGGACAUGUUGAAAAUUGCCAACGAUCCUACCGAAACACGUCCUCUGAUACUGUGCGAGUAUUCACAUGCUAUGGGAAACAGCAACGGUAACCUACAUAUAUAUUGGGAAGCCAUUGACAAUACAUUUGGACUCCAAGGAGGUUUUAUAUGGGAUUGGGUUGAUCAGGCUCUGCUGAAGGUUCAUGCAGACGGUACAAAACGUUGGGCAUAUGGUGGUGAAUUCGGAGAUAUUCCUAAUGACUUGAAUUUUUGUUUGAACGGUCUUACGUUUCCUGAUCGAACUGCUCAUCCUGUUUUACAUGAAGUCAAGUACUUAUACCAACCAAUCAAAGUGAAUUUAAAUGAAGGGAAAUUAGAGAUAAAAAAUACUCAUUUUUUUCAAAACACAGAAGGGUUAGAGUUCAGCUGGUAUAUUUCUGCCGAUGGAUACAACCUUGGAUCUGGUAAGCUGAGUCUUCCCUCAAUAACGCCGCAGAGCAGCUAUGCCGUCGAUUGGCAAUCAGGUCCAUGGUAUUCUCUUUGGAAUUCAUCGUCAUCGGAAGAAAUAUUCUUGACAAUAACCGCUAAGCUUUUAAACUCUACGCGCUGGGUUGAAGCCGGUCAUAUUGUUUCUACUGCUCAAGUUCAACUUCCUGCUAGGAGAGACACUGUUCCCCAUGCAAUCAAUAUUGGUGGUGGCACUCCAGUUGUCGAAACACUUGGAGAUACAAUCAAAGUCAGUCAGCAAGAUGUUUGGGACAUAGCAUUGAACACUAAAACAGGUUUAAUUGAAAGUUGGAAGGUAAAAGGAGUACAUGUUAUGAAUAAGGGAAUACACCCUUGUUUCUGGCGAGCUUCCAUUGACAAUGAUAAAGGAGGAGGUUCUGAUAGUUAUUUGGCGAAGUGGAAAGCUGCUGGAAUUGAUAGUGUCCACUUUAUUGCUGAGAGCUGUUCUGUACAGAAUACGACAGAAAACGCAGUUAAAAUCUUGGUGGUUUUCCAUGGUGUUACCAAGGGCGAGGAGGGUUCUCUCUCUAACCAAGACAAAUCAAAGGUUCUGUUUACAACAGACAUGACAUAUACUAUUUAUGCUUCCGGGGAUGUGAUUUUGGAAUGCAAUGUGAAACCAAAUGCUGAUCUUCCUCCCUUGCCACGUGUGGGAAUCGAGAUGAACUUGGAAAAAUCGUUGGAUCAAGUAAGUUGGUAUGGAAGAGGGCCAUUUGAAUGUUAUCCAGAUAGAAAGGCUGCUGCUCAGGUCGCGGUCUAUGAGAAGAAUGUGGAUGAGUUGCACGUUCCUUAUAUUUUUCCCGGUGAAUGUGGUGGUAGGGCAGAUGUUAGAUGGGCAACAUUCUUAAACAAAAAUGGUUUUGGAAUAUACGCUUCAAAGUAUGGUAGCUCUCCAUCCAUGCAAAUGAGUGCAAGCUACUAUAGCACUUCGGAACUUGAUCGUGCCACACACAAUUAUGACCUCGUUAAAGGAGAUAGCGUUGAGAUUCAUCUAGACCACAAGCACAUGGGAGUAGGCGGAGACGAUAGUUGGUCUCCAUGUGUCCACGAUCAAUAUUUGGUUCCCCCGGUUCCAUUCUCUUUCUCCAUCAGGUUAUCUCCGGUAACUUCAGCUACUUCCGGUCAUGACAUCUACAGAUCUCAGCUUCAAAACUCUUGAUUUCUUGACUCACAUGACGUGAUACUUGAAGAUACAUUAUCCAGAAGAACACCAAAGACUAGCAUGUUCAUGAAGGAUAUCAAUAAAAUUCAAAGCUGUUGAUGUAAAAAAGAGACAUUCUCAUGCAAUCUUUGUGGUGGUUAGUACCUUUGAUGAAAUGUGUGUGGGAGGACAAUGAUCUUGGUACAAUUUCACAUAUUGGUUAAUAAAUGUGAUGUAACUCUUAUGAAUAAUUUAUUGUUCUCUAAUCUUUGUGGUGGUUGUGCACACAAAACUCAGCAAAAAUAAGUAAGGGAAAAUAACAUUAACUAGGAAAAAACAUAUUACAACUUUUUUGUACAUCAUGUCUGACCUGAUUUUAAUAGUAGUAAUAGAUGUUGAGAUUUAAUAGUAGUAA